AUGCAACUUACUUGUUGCGGUGAAAGAGUCUGUGAAAGUUGUAGUAAAUCCAAACUGAAGCAGCUAUCUCAAUGUCCCUUCUGCUCAGAACCGGGUACACCAGAAACAAGACAGGAUAAGGGAAAUAAGCGUGAAGUGGACUCACUAAAAGUAAAUUGCCCAAGAUGCAAUGAUCAGUGGUUUGGUCUCUAUAUGAAUCUCCCAGAGCAUCUCAGUAUUCAUUGCGAUCUUGCGUGUGAAAACUGUGACGAGAAGUUUGUUUUUCCACAGCAACGCGAACAACAUCAACAGGAAACUUGCAAAAAUCGCAUUGUAUCUUGUCCACUUGAUUUUCUUGGAUGUUCUCAAAAGGAUAAAAUCUUAUAUUUAAGAGUACGAUUCAGUGAUUUAAGCCAGCAUUAUAUAAGCAAUGAGCAUCAAAGUUAUCUUUUUUUGUUUAUCAAAAAUGUAGUAUUACAAUCGUCUGCUAGCCGUGCAAAUUUAGCUAUACAAAAAUCGUUCAAUGGACCGUAUCGACGGAUGCUGACGGAUAAUUUAGGCAGAAUUAAAUCAUUAAUUCAAGAUAUCGGUCGUACAAUUGAGAAUUGUGUUCAUCUUAAUUUAGAGAAGCAAACCAAACAAGCAAUGCUUGACGGAAUAUAUGCACAAUUUACAGAGAUUAAAAAAUCGUCUGAUAACAAUAUAAAACUCAUCGAAAGUUUACAUGGUAUGCUGAUGGAUAUGAGUAAACUUCUCGAAGAAAUCAGAUUAAAGUCAUUUAAUCGUCCUAAAUUGUUAACAACGGAUAAUACGUUUAUAUGGAGUAUCAAUUUUCUUACAUUAAGAAAUAGUGGACAACCCAUGCAGUCUGAACCUGUUCAUACCUCACAGAGUGGCUAUAGAUUAUGUCUAGGAUGUGAUAUAACUACGGAUGAACGGAAUGAAAAAUAUAUCUCAAUUUCAUUCACCAUUCUUCUUGGAGAGUUUGAUGCUAUUUUAUCGUGGCCAGUUCCAUUUUCAAUUACACUCAGUAUCCUUGAUUUGACGCUUGCGAAAAAACACAUUACUUGUUCGAUUCCAGCAAAAUCUAAAGUGUUAACGUUUCAGAGACCUAUCAGCAGUGCCAAUCCGCCAUAUAGAGUGGAGAAAAUCUGCCCAGUUGAUACACUAUCGAAAACUGGUAGCAAUUACGUACAAGAUGGCUGUAUGUUUAUUGAAGCCUGCAUUGAUUUUACAGCAGACAGCAGGCAUGAAAUUGCAGAUGACGGAGUAAAGAAAACUGCAUAUGAUCCAAUGAAAACUGAUGUUCCAUUUAAUAUGCUAGUGAACUGA